AUGAAGCUGUUAUUUCCAGUCGCUGUUUUGGUUGCACUUUCGAUGGUGUCUGCAGGACCUAUAUUUCAUGAACUAGCGCAAGCCGAACACAACAUUGAAAACGCUGUAAAUGAUGUCGGAAAAGAUCUUGCAAACACUGCCCAAAAUGUUGAAAACGCUUUCGAAUUAGAAGUGGCACAAGAAGCUGAUGAAGGAUUGGAAAUUUUCAAGAGAUCUUCCAAAAGGGAAGACGAUAGCUUGGAAAUUGGUGACAAAAAGAAGAGAAGGAUUGCCCUAAGCUUCAUAAUGACAGAAGCUUUCUUGCAAUUUCGGACUCUGAUAAGUGAUGUGGGUAACUGGAAAGAUUUACAUGUAGAUGAAAUCGGGUUCUAUGGAACGGGUUACGGACUUCACCAUUACAAUUUAUUCACAGGUUCCAUAGUCGCUGACGUUGAUGACACAGCUGAAGAUUCAAAGAAGAACCUUGGUGAUAUCAUCGCCAGAUUUGUCAGAGGAGUUUUUAAUAUUCGAGGAGAUUUAGCAGAAGAUGUCGGAGAAGAACUUGAUGAAGCUGGUGAAGAUGUUGCUGAUGUUUUUACCAAGAAACGAAGAUCUCACCAACGACGAGGUGAUUUAGGAGAGGACGUUGGUGAGGCACUUGAUGAAGCUGGUGAAGAUGUUGCUGAUGUUUUUACCAAGAAACGAAGAUCCCAUCAAAAACGAGGUGACGCAGCAGAAGAUGCUGGUGAGGAACUUGAUGAAUUUGGUGAAGAUGUUGAAGACGUUUUUACCAAGAAAAGAAGAUCCCACGAAAGACGAGGUGAUUUAGGAGAGGAUGUCGGUGAGGCACUUGAUGAAGCUGGUGAAGAUGUGGCUGAUGUUUUUACCAAGAAACGACGAUCCCAUCAAAAACGAGGAGAUUUAGCUACAGACGUCGGCGAGGAACUUGAUGAAUUUGGCGAAGAUGUUGCUGAUGUUUUUACCAAGAAACGAAGAUCCCAUCAAAAACGAGGAGAUUUAGCUACAGACGUUGGCGAGGAACUUGAUGAAUUUGGCGAAGAUGUUGCUGAUGUUUUUACCAAGAAACGAAGAGCCGAUCAAAAACGAGGUGACGCAGCAGAAGAUGCUGGCGAGGAACUUGAUGAAUUUGGUGAAGAUGUUGCUGAUGUUUUUACUAAGAAAAGAGGAGACGGCGCAGAAGAAGCUGGUAAAAAAUUGGACCAGUUUGGCGAAGAUGCCGCUAAAGAACUCAAUGAAUUCGGAGCUGAUGUUGAAGAAGUAUUCACAAAAAGAUUAGACGACAGCCGAGAUACCGACAAGCGUGAUGAUGAUAACAGCCGAGAUAACGACAAACGAGAUGAUGAUAACAGCCGAGAUAACGACAAACGAGAUGAUGAUAACAGCCGAGAUAACGACAAACGUGAUGAUGAUAACAGUCGAGAUAACGACAAACGUGAUGAUGAUAACAGCCGAGAUAACGACAAACGAGAUGAUGAUAACAGCCGAGAUAACGACAAACGUGAUGAUGAUAACAGCCGAGAUAACGACAAACGUGAUGGUGAUGAUGACAUCAGCCUAGAUAUCGACAAACGUGAUGAUGAUAACAGUCGAGAUAACGACAAACGUGAUGAUGAUAACAGCCGAGAUAACGACAAACGAGAUGAUGAUAACAGUCGAGAUAACGACAAACGAGAUGAUGAUAACAGCCGAGAUAACGACAAACGUGAUGAUGAUGAUGACACAGCCGAGAUAACGACAAACGUGAUGGUGAUAACAGCCGAGAUAACGAUAACAGCCGAGAUAACGACAAACGAGAUGAUGAUAACAGCCGAGAUAACGACAAACGUGAUGAUGUUGAUGACAUCAGCGUAG